GCGCGGUCGAGCGACGACGAACCAUUCCUCCACUUCGGCCGUAGUCGAGCCACAACUAGCUUAACUCCAUCUUUAGCUCCACCCACUUCCUUCUCGACUCCCAACGCUGCUCGCCUCAAUCGCUGCCCGACUCCAACCACUGCCGGACUCCAAUCGCUGCCCAAGUCCCGCUGCUUCCUUUCCAGCCCUUGACGAACGAAAGUCACACUCACAAAAGCGAAACAGCCAACACUGAAAUGACGGCCAUCCCCACGACGAUGAAGGCACUCGUCUCCGACGCAGACCACACGGCGUCGGUGCACACCGACGUGCCCGUGCCCAAGCCGUCGCCCGACGAGAUCCUGGUCCGCGUCGAGGCGUGGUCGCUGAACCCGACGGACUGGAAGCACAUCAAGGUCGUCGCGCCGCCUGGCCAGAUCAUCGGCUGCGACUUUAGCGGCACCGUCGUCGCGGCCGCUGCCGCCGCGGGCAACCAGAAAUCCAGCGUCAAGGUCGGCGACCGUGUCGCAGGCAUGGUCCACGGCGGCAAGUACACCGACCGGGGCAGCUUUGCCGAGUACGUCAAGACGGACGCGGACCUCGUCGUGUCGCUGCCGCCUGCCGUCGACAGCCUGACGGGCGCCACGGUGGGCAUCGCCGGCUACACAGCUGCCCAGGCCCUCUUCCAGCGCCUGGCACUCGAGCUGCCGUCGGCGUCGGCGACGUCACUGCCGGCCGUGGACGGUGCGAAAAAGGUCCUCGUCUGGGCCGGCUCGACGGCCGUGGGCCAGUGGGCGAUCCAGCUGGCCCGUGCGGCGGGCUGCUACGUCGUGACGACGGCCUCGCCGCGCAACCACGACCUCGUGCGCGACAUGGGCGCCGCCGAGGUGUACGACUACGCCGACGCAGCGACGCCGCAGACGAUUGCGUCCAAGCACCCCGACCUGCGCCUCGCCCUCGACUGCAUCUCGGAGCGCGGCACCCAGAGCCUGGCGGUGCGCUCGCUGGGCGCGUCCAUCGACAGCGGCAAGGUCGUCGUCCUGCUCAAGCCCGAGGCCGACGCGCAGGCGCUGCGCCCGGGCGUCGUCGCCAUCGAGCACACGCUCAUCUACACCUGCCUCGGCCACGCCUUUAGCUACGGUAAAGCAGCCUUUGGCGAGGCGCAGGUGCAGGCCGACAAGGCCUUCAUCGAGCGCUUCACCGCCGACGGCCUCUUUGCCCACCUCUGGGCGACGGGCCAGGUGCGCGGCAACCGGCUCCGGCGCGAGGGCAGCGGCCUCGACGCACUCGUCCCCGCCCUUGCCCUCCUCGAGCAGGGCAAGGUCAGCGGCGAAAAGGUCGUGCUGUCCGCGUAAGGCGAGCCACGAGCCAC